AUGAGAUAUAGUAAUUUGGUCAGCAUUGAGGAGGGCUUAUUUUCUCUGGGUGGGUUCCUUUCAGGUGUUGCUAUUCACCAUGGAUUUUUCAUCCACGGCGAGUGGCAUAAUCAAGCGCCAAUCAUCCUGCGUUGUUAUGCAGGUAUCUUCGGCUGUGUAGCAAUUGCUCAACUAUUCUAUUACAAGUCAGAUCUUACUAAGAGACUGACUUCUGAUCUUGUUGUGUCAAGCUUCUUUCAUGUCCUCGGCUUGAUAGCAAGCAUUUUGGUCUACCGUGGCUAUUUCCAUCGCCUCAACAACGCCGAGUUUCCUGGUCCAUGGUGGGCACGAUACACGAAGAUUUGGCAAAUAUGGGAGAAUAGACACUCAAAAAACCAUGUGUAUCUGCACGAGCUAUACCAAAAGUAUGGUGACGUGGUGAGGACAGGUCCAGCCGAGGUCACUGUGUUUCUAGCCGAAGCUCAUGAGGCAGUCGGCGGCCGUCACUCUGAUUGUAUCAAGUCCGAGUUCUAUGAUCUCUUAUGGCCUGAACAAGCCCUCUUUGCUGCUCGGAACAAAGCAGUCCAUGCAAGGCGACGGAAGGACUGGCAAUAUGGAUUUUCACCCUCAGCUAUUGAAUAUCAUGGAACAAAGGCACUCAAAUGGAUCGAUGAGCUUGACAGACAGCUGGAGAGAAAAGCCAAAGAAGGCUCGGUGGUGGAUACCACUGAAUUCUUCCUAUGGUUCACAUUUGAUAUCAUGGGCGAUUUUACAUUUAGUAAGUCUUUUGGGAUGCUUGAGGGUCAGAAAUGGCACAACAUCAUUGUCAAGACUCAGAACGCCCGAACCCUACUGGGUCCACUUACUGCAACUCCUUGGCUUCUGCAUAUUGGAGUGAAACUACUGCCACGGAUUCUAUGGGUAAAAGAUUGGUACGAGUCGGUCGAGUGGUGUCAGGCGCAGAUGGAGGAGAGGCUUUCCAAGGGAGCUCAGUCUGAAGUCCCGGACCUGACAUCCUUUUUCAUGGAAAACAACAAGGGCGACCAAGCGGAUCCAUGGCUCCGAGGCGAUAGUUUACUAGCGAUUCUAGCAGGCAGUGAGCCCACUGCGCAGAUCUUGACAGCAAUCUUCCAUGAGCUCUCGAUACACCCUGAGCAUAUAGACAAGAUCCGCCAAGAAUUGGAGGACGUAUGUAUUACCGACAUUAAGGUCCUGACAAACCUGCCACAUCUCAACGCCAUCAUUCAGGAGGCAAUGCGCCUCCAUCCAAAUCUUUUGACCGGAGGGAGCCGGAAGACAACAGCAAAAGGAGUCACGAUUGGCGAUGUAUACAUUCCUCCACACAUCACGGUCAUCACACCACACUACACUAUUGCUAGACGCGACGAUUGCUUUGAACAGGGCACCCAAUUCAUCCCAGAACGCUGGACCACAAGGCCCGAAAUGGUGCGCAAUUCCAAGGCACAUAUCCCGUUCAGCAUAGGUCAAUACAACUGCAUUGGGCAGCCACUGGCGUGGCGUAUUAUGAGAUACACCAUCGCUCGGGUUGUGAGGAAGUAUAAUUUCCACCUGGCGCCAGGGUAUGAUGGACGCAGCAUGGUGGAUGACAAGGUCGAUAGAUUUACUGCCUUUCCUGGAAGUGUGCCGCUUUGUUUCGAGCUCAGAGAUUGA